GCUCCUGCCUUCCAAAAGCUUUUGACCGCGCAGCUGCCGCCUUCGCUCAGCCCCAACUUUCUCCCUUUCAUCAGCACAAACACGCCAAAACACCUUCCUUCAAGUUUGCCUGCAAAGACAUCUUCCAGGGUUUUCAGCAGCCCCCGCAACCGAAUUUUCUCUCCUCUUUCAUAUCAAUUUCCUUCGGACGGUGUCUCGGAAUUCUGCCCAUCUCGCCGGCCCAGGUUUCACUGAGAUUGCCAGCGCGUCGAUCUACUAAUCCUUUUUGCGAGCUUUCAUCGCUCCUUUCUCUCGAUUCAUUCAUCUUGAUUUAAUCCUUGAUUAAUCUUUCGCCAUGUCCGGCCACCAAGAGGAGGAUCUUAUCGACUACUCCGACGAGGAGCUCCAGACCAACGAGACUGCGGCUGCGUCCAACGGCAAAAAGGGUGCCGCUGACACCGCUACGGCAUCCGGUAACAACGUCGACAAGAAGGGCAGCUAUGUCGGCAUCCAUGCUACUGGAUUCCGUGACUUUCUCUUGAAGCCGGAACUUCUUCGUGCUAUUGGCGAUUGCGGCUUCGAGCAUCCUUCGGAGGUCCAGCAAACCUGCAUCCCUCAGGCUCUUCUCGGUGGUGACAUUAUCUGCCAGGCCAAGUCCGGUCUCGGCAAAACGGCUGUUUUCGUCCUGACCACGCUGCAACAAGUUGAGCCCGUUGCGGGUGAGGUCUCCGUUCUGGUUAUGUGCCACACGCGAGAGCUUGCCUUCCAGAUCCGCAACGAGUACAACCGCUUCAGCAAGUACAUGCCUGAUAUCAAGACCGGUGUGUUUUACGGCGGCACUCCUAUCCAGAAGGACGUCGAGACGAUCAAGAACAAGGACACCUGCCCGCACAUCAUUGUGGGAACCCCUGGACGUCUGAACGCUUUGGUUCGUGAUAAGGUCCUCCGACUCGGCAGCGUUCGCAUUUUCGUUCUCGACGAGUGCGAUAAGAUGCUUGAUCAAAUUGAUAUGCGCAGGGACGUCCAGGAGAUCUUCCGGGCCACUCCUACGCAGAAGCAGGUCAUGAUGUUCUCUGCUACGCUCUCCGACGAAAUCAAGCCCAUCUGCAAGAAGUUCAUGCAAAACCCGACGGAACACUAUGUCGACGAGGAUACUAAGCUCACUCUGCACGGUCUUCAGCAGUACUAUAUCAAGCUGGAGGAACGCGAGAAGAACAGGAAGCUCAACGAGCUUCUCGAUGACCUUCAGUUCAACCAGGUCAUCAUUUUCGUGAAGAGUACUCUUCGUGCUACUGAGCUUGACAAGUUGCUGCGGGAGUGCAACUUCCCUUCGAUUGCGGUUCACUCGGGCGUGUCGCAGGAGGAGCGUAUCCGUCGGUACAAGGAGUUCAAAGACUUCAACAAGAGGAUCUGCGUUGCGACGGAUGUCUUUGGUCGAGGUAUCGACAUUGAGCGCAUUAACUUGGCUAUCAACUAUGAUUUGCCGGCUGAUGCCGACUCGUACCUUCACCGUGUCGGCCGUGCUGGCCGUUUCGGCACCAAAGGUCUUGCCAUCUCGUUUGUUAGCACCGACCAAGACAGGGAAGUCCUGACGGCUAUUGAGAAGCGGUUCGAGGUUGCUCUUCCCGAAUUUCCCAAGGACGGCGUCGACCCCGCUACCUACAUGGCUACGUAAACCCAGUUGGUCUGGUCCUUUUGCUUCCUUUGGUACUUCGGAUUGUUACUCUUUAUGUUAUAUUUUGACGGGAGCUUUUUCUUCGGGUCGAGGUACUUUUGUAGAGCUUGACCAUCGUCAACUGGUAAGGAGAAGAGGCUUGUCACCAAAAGAAGCCGCGAUCUUCGUCCUUCGGCGUAAGGAAAAAGGUUGAUCGAGUCUGUUCCGGACGUCUGAUUGUAUGUACCGAAUAGUUAACGUGGGAAAUACGAGACUCUUGUCCACAUGCAAGGAAUCCCCCGGAUAGGUUUAAUAAUAAGUGGUU